AUGGAUCCAGCACCUGUGCCGACCCCAAUGGAUCCAGCACCCGUGCCGACCCCGAAGGGUCCAACACCCGUGCUGCCCCUGAAGGAGCUAGCACCCGUGCCGACCCCGGAGGGUCCAGCACCCGUGCCGUGCCCGAAGGCCCCGACACUUGACCCAAUGAAGGAUCCAAUGGAACCACUAAAAGUGGAACCGACCGACCCACUCGAGGUUAAUCCAGAAACCGUCCCAAAUGGGUUGUCAAACACCCAAGGGGUUGUUGAUGAAGAGGUUGAGAAGCCAGGAGUCAGAAUCAUCGUUAUGUCCGACGACGUGUUGACGGGGGACACGGUGGAUGGAACGGUGGCAGCGGCAGUAGAUGGGUCAGUCGACAUCUCCAAGCAAAGGUGUUGA